AUGCGCAGGUGCCCGCAGAUUUCAUGGGUUGGCGACCAACCAUAUCACAACGAACAGGACCAUUGGCAGGUUGCGGUGAUGGCGAUGCGCAACUUGGUCUUGUCGACAGCGCGGCGUGCUGGUGCGCAGGCAUGCUGUGCUGGUCCAUCGCGCCUGGCAUUGUCGACUGUGCGGCGUGCAUCGACGACGGCCGACAAGCCCAAACGGCGAACUACAGCAUACUCUUCGAUCCCCGACCAGGCGCUCGAUUCCGAUGGCGAGCCUCUGCCACCGCUGGAUGCCAUCACACCACACCCUGUUCGAAAGCGCGCUUCGAAGCGCAAGGUGAAAUCCGCCACCACUAUCCCUGUUCCAGACCCGAAUGAAGAGGUUGCGGAAGAGGCGGUUCGGUGGCCGCCACUGGCCCAGUCGGUGCGCGACGACAUGGCGCGCUUCCCGCACACGAUCCUUCUCACGCGCGUCGGCGGCUUUUACGAAUCGUACUUCGACCAAGCCCCCUCGCUCGCCUCUAUGCUGGGGAUCAAGCUGGCGAACCGUCGGUGGGGAGGUCAGGACGUGCCCAUGGCAGGCUUCCCCAUCUUCCAGCUCGAAAAGUACCUCAAGAUCCUCGUGCUCGACCACGGCCUGCUCGUGGCCAUCGCCGAGGAAUUCAGAUCGAACGAUGGCAAUGCGGUCGAGAUCGCACGCAGGGUCAUCCGCAUCGUGAGCCCAGGCACGCUGAUCGACGAAAAGUUCCUCGACCCGUUUGUCAACAACUUUAUCGUCGGCAUCAGCGCCAACAACGGCAGGUUCGGGCUCGCCUGGCUCGAUGUGGGCACCGCGGAUUUCAACUCGGCCGUGUGCGGCGACUUCAAGACGCUCAGGGACGAGAUUGCGCGCAUCGGGCCGCGCGAGGUCGUCAUCGACGCAAGCACCAUCCACGCCACCGAGGACGCCUCCACCGCCGAGGCUGGCCGGGAGUGCAUCGACGUUCGAGAGCUUGUACCCGACCCGAGCGUGUACAUCUCGCACUUUACGCCCGACCCCACACCGAGUCCUUCCGAGGAUGCUGUGGCGGGGAUGGAUUCGCUCGAGCGGGGGACGGUGCAGGUGUUGCUGGGCUACCUGCGCACGCGGUUGCUGGACUCCGAUUCGUCGUUGGAUGCACUCACGCACGCACGCCCCUUACACCAGCGGCUCGAGUCGGCCAUGCAGAUCGAUGCGCACACGCUCGCGGCGCUCGAGAUCAAAGAAGGCGCGCGCGAGGGCGGUCUUCGCGGGUCGCUGUUCAGUGUGCUUCGUCGAACCGUCACGCGGGGCGGGACGCGGCUGCUGCAACAAUGGCUCUGCCACCCCUCGACAUCGGCGGGCACGAUCGAGGCGCGGCUGGAUAUGGUCGAGAUGCUGCUGCACCAGCGGGGGCUGCGCGAGGACCUGCGCAGCACCCUCCGCACGGGCGCGGGCGAUACCACGCGCGUGCUCCAAAAGCUCGCAGCGAGGCGCAACGACGAACAGGACUUGCUGGAACUGCGUGAUGCCAUCAAGACCACCACGCGCGUCACGCAACUCCUGCAUGCCGAACGCGAGCAUGUCCCCAAGGCCGCAGCGACACUGCAGGUGUGGGAGGAAAAGUUUACGGACCUCGGUGAGCUUGCCGCGAAGCUGGGGGAUGCGAUUGACGAGCGGGUCAUCGAGCAGCGGCUGGCGCGACAGCAGGAGAUGGCUAACGACGUACAGGACGUUGCGGCCGAAACCACGCGCGCCAAGAUCCGCAGUCUAGCGGGUCGCAAAGCAUCCCAGUCGGGCGAGGAGGAGGUGUGGGGCGACGAGUUCGAACACCUCAUCCGACCGGCGUCUUCCAAGAUGCUGGGUAAUCUGACGCGCACGCAUCGGCAGCUGCGUCGUGCGGCACGCCAGCUCGAGGUGCAGUUCCAGCAGGCCUAUGGCGGCGACCACGUGUCGCUGCGCCACGUCAUGGGUCAGGGCUACGUAGUGCACUCGCGCGGGAAAGCUCUCUCCUCCCCAGCACCUCACAGCGAAGGCGAAGAUUUGAGCGUGCAUAUCGCGGGGAAGAACCGGUCGACGCACACGUACUACGCCGCCGCAUGGACGGCGCUCGGCUCGCGCCUCGACGCGCUGGCGAAAGAGAUGCAGGCCGUAGAAGCGGUGGAGCUCGAAACGCUGCGCCAAACCGUACUCGUUCAAGCCUCGGCCCUACGACAGAAUGCUGCACUGCUCGACCAGCUCGAUGUGCUGCAUUCGUUCGCACAGGCUGCCGAGGAGUACAACCUGGUCCGACCGACGCUGGACACCUCCACCACACUCACCGUUCGAGGCGCGCGACAUUUGUCCGUCGAAAUAGGCCUGCUUGAACGAGGUCGACUCUUUACGCCCAACGAUCUCUCCCUCGACGCCGAUGACCGCGUCCACGUGAUCACCGGACCCAACAUGGGUGGGAAAUCCACCUUCCUCCGCUCGAUCGCACUGCUCACCAUCCUGGCCCAGAGCGGAUGCUUUGUCCCCUGCGAAGCGAUGCACCUCGGCCUGGUCGAUAGGAUCUUCUCGCGCAUUGGGGCCAACGACGACCUGUUUCGCGACAAGAGCACCUUCAUGGUCGAAAUGACCGAGGUCGGAGAGAUCCUCCACCGCGCCACCGGUCGCAGCCUCGUCAUCGCCGACGAAAUUGGCCGUGGCACAACCAACCUCACUGGCAUAGCUGUGGGAUUCGCAACCCUAGCAACCCUCGUCGAACGAGGAUGUAGAACGCUAUUCGCCACCCACUUUCACGAAAUCACCGACCUCGUGGCUGAAAAUACCGACCCCGCUUUCCAAGCCGUCAGCUUCUACGCUUCCGACGUCGAACAACACCAAGCCGGCUUGGUCUACAGCCAUACACUCCGAGAGGGCGUCAACCGCAAGAGCUACGGCAUCCAAGUCGCGCGCAUCGCCAACGUUCCCCAACCCACGCUCGAGCUCGCCCAAUCCACGCUUGCCCGCCUCGAAUCAACGCACCACACAUAG